CUCCGGCAUCAACAAAUUCAUCAACUAAUGCAUCCCAGAACGCCCCGACUAAUCGACCCGUUUCCCCAUAGUAAAAUAGACAAAGAACAGUAGCCCCACAGGAGGACUACUCUUGGUUGUCUAUAAAGCUCGUGUCGAAUGCUGAUGCCGCCCAGCACAGCAGCAGCAGCAGCCCCAGCGUGGAAGAAAGGACGCAGCAGGAGGGUACACAGGGGCAGCGAGAGGGGGUUGCUACUUGGUACGUGCUACUCGAUCGGGUGAUCCUGAUCUCCAUGGCGGGUCUUGCUCCGAGGACCAUUGUCCUGGCCCUUGGCGCCGCGGCGCUGGGCGGGCCCGACGCGCUGCGCCUCCUGCUGGAGACCGCGGGGCGGAGCCCCCUCCAUGACAUCCUCAUCUGCGUCCUGGCUAUGGCCGCGGUCACCGCCCAUGUCCUCGGAACCACGCUGCUGGCGCGCUUCGUCCGCAAGGCGCGCGCGGGCGGCGGUGCGCCGGGCACGGACCUCUUCGCCGUCGUGACCGCGACGGUGUCCGUCGGCGCCGCCCUCCUCGUCACCGCGUGCCUCCUCCUCGCCGGGUCCGGCGGCCUCGGCGCGCUCCGCCUCGCGUUCGGCUUCGUCGCCAAGAACCCCAUCGCCACCGCUACCGUCCUCGUCAUCGCCGCCGCCGCCGGCGUCGGCGGCUUCUUGCCGUACACCAUGCCUCUGCUCCGCUUCGGCCGCCGUGCGGGUGCCGCCCGCGGCGCCUCCCCUGCUGGCGACCGCGCCACGUUCCAGCAGACGUUGCCCUUCGUCGGCCCGCUCCUCGUCGCCGCCUGCCUCGCCCUCGUUGUCCUUCUCUUCGCGCCCGGCGCCAUCGAGUCGGGCGGCGGGGAGUACCCGUGCUCUGUUUGAUGCGAUACGGAACGAGCUGCGGUGGCUGUAAAUCGUGAGAUUGUUGACGCGGAGUGUGAGUGGAUGGAAUUGGGGUGAGGGUCAUGUAAAUGGUGAGGUAUAAUGGUUGGGAUUAGCGGGUGGUGUUAGUAUUGGUCGAUCUGUUCCCAUUCAAUGAAAUUUAGCAAUCUGUGGGUGGUGUCAGUACUUGUCAA